GAAGAAUUGUUUGCUGCCUGCAUACAUCCAUGCUGAAAGACAUGUGCCACUUGGCCCAUCUGUAUUGGUAAAUGGUACUGUGCCGCUGUUAUAAGUACUAUCAUACCACCCUGGCAUUUGAUCAGUGUCAAGGUGAUAUGCUCUCGAACAGGCAAACUUCCAACUGAGCUUGCUUAUAGCAGUCUUCCAUCCCCAGACCUCUACAAUAUGAGCAAUAAAAAGCGCCUAUUUAUCUCUAUUCACCACCGAGAUGAAAUGUCUCUUCAAGAGGGAAUACGCAAGACGUACGGUGCAUACCACUGGGGAGUUUUGUUAGCACCUAAGAAGUCCAACGGCCGCGACAACAUGGCAUACGACGUUUCGGACGGCGUUCGGUUGGAUGGUGAAACUGGGCAAGACCUGAACUCGGAAAGAGAUUGGUUCUUCAGGAUUAAGAACAACGUGAAUCCGUUGGACAGUGGGCGGUUAGUCGGUCGGGUCAUGAUCGGAAAAGUUCCUCCGCAAACGACAGAAAAUGAUCUCGAAACCAUCCUCAGGGGUGUUGCUCUGCCGGAUAAGGAAUCAGGAGAAAGAUGUCGCCAUUGGGUUUGGAAUGCCAUAUCCACUCUACAAAAUGAAUCAGUGAUACCGAACUUUGAUAUCGAAGAAUUCAAAGUCUGGAUAUUGGAUUAUGCCAAUCAAUGCCUGGCCAACCCUAGUCCAAGCAAUGUUUGUGAUUAUAAAUAGACAAACUAGUUGCGCGAAACAUUUCCUGGUUCAUCGUAGAGUCUCCAAAGAAGGCGUUCUGCCAUGAGCUCGUCCGCAUAUGAAGGAAGCUUAAGUUUGAUGCUCUCGGGCCAGUCCGGCACCUUGAAUGAAGUGUAAUAUGCCUUUGUUAGAUCCCAAUAUUCUGGGUACCAGCCUGCAAGUGCCCAGUCAACAACUCCCACAAUUCUGCCAUUGCGAAUGAUAAUAUUCCGCGGGGCCAAAUCUGAAUGCGAGAAGAACGUCCGAUAAUUGUUGCUAUGACAAGAUGCAAUAUCUUCCCCAAAAACCUGAGCCGUGUUUUCCAGUGGAACGCCACCCCGUAAAAAAGAGUGGAAGCUGGAAUGAGACUGAAAUGGGCCGACUAGUUGACUCCCAAUACGGUAAUCAAGAAUGGCACCACCCUGCGCGGACGCAACCACUCCUUCUUUGGGGGGAUGAAGUGUUCGAAGUUGAGUCAAGAUAGUUGCAAUAUCAUUGAGAAUGGUUUCCUUUUCCUUGGGUUUCAGGCCGCGCAUCCACAGAGUUUCAAGGUCGGUACCUUGAAUGUGAUCCAUCAUUAUAUAUAUGCCCCCUGGUCCAUUGUAUGAACACCGCACUCGAGGAACGGGAAUUGUGGUGUGUUCUGAGAUGUAGAGAAGCGCUUCAAGUUCUGGGAGCUGGCACGGCCCUUUAAUAACAUGCUUCCGGCCGACCUUAACAACAGUUGGACCUAGGGAUCCAAAGAUUGACCGGGCUAUUCUAAAUCGAGUGUGAAGAAUGAUGGAUUUCAAAUCU